AUGAUGGGGUUAGGGCCUUGCAUGGUUUAUGUCGUGGUCUUUAGUGCCAUCGCAGUUUCAGCCUACCCAUACUCAUCCCCUCCAACACCACAAUACCAUUCCCCAAUCCAUAAACACAAAUCAUCAUACCAACCCAAAAAGUAUUCCCCAUACAACUCACCACCACCGCCAUCAAACUAUUCUCCUUUUCCUAAGGUACACUACAAGUCUUCACCACCACCAUAUAUCUACAGUUCCCCACCUCCCCCAUACUACUCUCCUUCUCCUAAAGUAGACUACAAGUCUCCACCACCACCAUACGUCUACAGCUCCCCACCACCACCAUACUACUCCCCUUAUCCUAAAGUAGACUACAAGUUUCCACCACCACCAUACGUCUACAGCUCCCCACCACUACCAUACUACUCCCCUUCUCCUAAAGUAGACUACAACUCUCCACCACCACCAUACGUCUACAGCUCCCCACCACCACCAUACUACUCUCCUUCUCCUAAAGUAGACUACAAGUCUCCACCACCACCAUACGUCUACAGCUCCCCACCACCACCAUACUACUCUCCUUCUCCUAAAGUAGACUACAAGUCUCCACCACCACCAUACAUCUACAGCUCCCCACCUCCACCAUACUACUCUCCUUCUCCUAAAGUAGAAUACAACUCUCCACCACCACCAUACGUCUAUAGCUCCCCACCUCCCCCAUACUACUUUCCUUCUCCUAAAGUAGAAUACAAGUCCCCACCACCACCAUACGUCUACAGCUCCCCUCCUCCACCAUACUACUCUCCUUCUCCUAAAGUAGACUACAAGUCUCCACCACCACCAUACGUCUAUAGCUCCCCACCUCCACCAAACUACUCUCCUUCUCCUAAAGUAGACUACAAGUCUCCACCACCACCAUACGUUUACAGCUCCCCACCUCCACCAUACUACUCUCCUUCUCCUAAAGUAGACUACAAGUCUCCACCACCACCAUACGUCUACAGCUCCCCACCACCACCAUACUACUCUCCUUCUCCUAAAGUAGACUACAAGUCUCCACCACCACCAUACGUCUACAGCUCCCCACCACCACCAUACUACUCUCCUUCACCUAAAGUAAACUACAAGUCUCCACCAACACCAUACGUGUACAACUCCCCACCACCACCAUAUUAUUCCCCUUCUCCUAAAGUAGGCUACAAGUCUCCACCACCACCAUACGUCUACAGCUCCCCACCACCACCAUACUACUCCCCUUAUCCUAAAGUAGACUACAAGUCUCCACCACCACCAUACGUCUACAGCUCCCCACCACCACCAUACUACUCCCCUUCUCCUAAAUUAGACUACAACUCUCCACCACCACCAUACGUCUACAGCUCCCCACCACCACCAUACUACUCUCCUUCUCCUAAAGUAGACUACAAGUCUCCACCACCACCAUACGUCUACAGCUCCCCACCACCACCAUACUACUCUCCUUCUCCUAAACUAGACUACAAGUCUCCACCACCACCAUACGUCUACAGCUCCCCACCACCACCAUACUACUCUCCUUCUCCUAAAGUAGACUACAAGUCUCCACCACCACUAUACGUCUACAGCUCCCCACCUCCACCAUACUACUCUCCCUCUCCAAAAGUAGACUACAACUCUCCACCACCACCAUACGUCUACAAUUCCCCACCACCACCAUACUACUCUCCCUCUACUAAAGUAGAUUACAAGUCUCCACCACCACCAUACGUCUACAGCUCCCCACCACCACCAUACUACGCUCCUUCUCCUAAAGUAUACUAUAAGUCUCCACCACCACCAUACGUCUACAGCUCCCCACCUCCACCAUACUAUGCCCUAUCUCCUAAAGUAGACUACAAGUCUCCACCACCACCAUACGUUUACAGCUCUCCACCUCCACCAUACUACUCUCCUUCUCCUAAAGUAGACUACAAGUCUCCACCACCACCAUACGUUUACAGCUCCCCACCUCCACCAUACUACUCUCCUUCUCCUAAAGUAGACUACAAGUCUCCACCACCACCAUACGUCUACAGCUCCCCACCACCACCAUACUACUCUCCUUCUCCUAAAGUAGACUACAAGUCUCCACCACCACCAUACGUCUACAGCUCCCCACCACCACCAUACUACUCUCCUUCACCUAAAGUAAACUACAAGUCUCCACCAACACCAUACGUGUACAACUCCCCACCACCACCAUAUUAUUCCCCUUCUCCUAAAGUAGGCUACAAGUCUCCACCACCACCAUACGUCUACAGCUCCUCACCACCACCAUACUACUCCCCUUAUCCUAAAGUAGACUACAAGUCUCCACCACCACCAUACGUCUACAGCUCCCCACCACCACCAUACUACUCCCCUUCUCCUAAAGUAGACUACAACUCUCCACCACCACCAUACGUCUACAGCUCCCCACCACCACCAUACUACUCUCCUUCUCCUAAAGUAGACUACAAGUCUCCACCACCACCAUACGUCUACAGCUCCCCACCACCACCAUACUACUCCCCUUAUCCUAAAGUAGACUACAAGUUUCCACCACCACCAUACGUCUACAGCUCCCCACCACUACCAUACUACUCCCCUUCUCCUAAAGUAGACUACAACUCUCCACCACCACCAUACGUCUACAGCUCCCCACCACCACCAUACUACUCUCCUUCUCCUAAAGUAGACUACAAGUCUCCACCACCACCAUACUACUCUCCUUCUCCUAAAGUAGACUACAACUCUCCACCACCACCAUACGUCUACAGCUCCCCACCACCACCAUACUACUCUCCUUCUCCUAAAGUAGACUACAACUCUCCACCACCACCAUACGUCUACAGCUCCCCACCACCACCAUACUACUCUCCUUCUCCUAAAGUAGACUACAAGUCUCCACCCCCACCAUACGUCUACAGCUCUCCACCUGCACCAUAUUACUCUCCUUCUCCUAAAGUACACUACAAGUCUCCACCACCACCAUAUGUCUACAGCUCCCCACCUCCCCCAUACUAUUCUCCUUCUCCUAAAGUAGACUACAAGUCCCCACCACCACCAUAUGUUUACAAAACGCCUUACUAUUGA